CCUGGCCUGGGAGUUGGGGAGCCUUUCUUCGUGGGGCUCCGAGGGGGGAAGCCAAGCUCCCAGAGUGGCCGAGGGUCCCCCGGGCAACCGGAUGCGGGGCUGGGGGCGGAAUACGGGGGCCAGGCACCCGGGAGCCGCGGGCGGGGGGCCGGCCAGGGCCCGGGGUCUCCGUUAUGCCGGCGCCCGGAGGUUCCCGCCUGCGGACGGACGGGACCCUCACGAAGAGACAGUUUGUCGCCAGAGGUUCCGUCCCCAGGGGUCCCGGCCCCAGAGAACAGCUUGCCCUUCCCUUCGGACCUUCUGGUUCGGCCCCAGAGGAAUGCUGGGAGAAGCGCCCCCCAAAAAGUGGGAACCACGCGAUGCUGCGGGGAAUUGUGGGUGCCGGGGCGCAGGGGCCAAAGCGAGAGAACCCUGAGCCCCCGAGCCGAGAGGACGAUCUCCCGGGCGGACUGUCCUCCCGGGGCCGCGGGGCCUGGCGGCCUGGUUUCAGCACCGCGCGCGGCCAGGACAGCUCCCGCGCCGGGUUCAGCACCGCGCGGUGACCGGACAGCUCCCGGGCCGGCGCCCGAGCGCAUGCGCCCCCGCGGCCUCUUCCGCCGCCGCUUCCUUCCGCUGCGCCCGGGGGUCCCGGCCCCGCCCGGCCCCUGGAGGACACCCCUGGCGAGCCGGGCCCGCCCCCGUCGCGCCGCCAACCGCCACCCGCAGUUCCCGCAGUACAACUACCAGGCGCUCGUGCCCGAGAACCAGGCGGCGGGCACCGCGGUGCUGCGCGUGGCGGCGCAGGACCCGGACGCGGGCGAGGCGGGGCGCCUGGUGUACUCGCUGGCUGCGCUCAUUAACAGCCGCUCGCUGGAGCUGUUCAGCAUCGACCCGCAGAGCGGCCUCAUCCGCACGGAGGCCGCGCUGGACCGCGAGAGCAUGGAGCGCCACUACCUGCGCGUGACGGCGCAGGACCACGGCUCGCCGCGCCUCUCGGCCACCACCAUGGUGGCGGUGACGGUGGCCGACCGCAACGAUCACGCGCCGGUGUUUGAGCAGUCGCAGUACCGGGAGACGCUGCGCGAGAACGUGGAGGAGGGCUACCCCAUCCUGCAGUUGCGAGCCACCGAUGGCGACGCGCCCCCGAACGCCAACCUGCGUUACCGCUUCGUGGAGCCGCUCGCUCCGCGCGCCGCCGCCGCCGCCGCCUUUGAGAUCGACCCGCGCUCGGGCCUCAUUAGCACCAGCGGCCGCGUGGACCGGGAGCACAUGGAGAACUACGAGCUGGUCGUGGAGGCCAGCGACCAGGGCCAGGAGCCGGGGCCGCGCUCGGCCACCGUGCGUGUGCACAUCACCGUCUUGGAUGAAAACGACAACGCGCCGCAGUUCAGCGAGAAACGGUACGUGGCUCAGGUGCGCGAGGACGUGCGCCCCCACACGGUGGUGCUGCGCGUCACGGCCACGGACCGCGACAAGGACGCCAACGGCCUGGUGCACUACAACAUCAUCAGCGGCAACAGCCGCGGCCACUUCGCCAUCGACAGCCUCACGGGGGAGAUCCAGGUGGUGGCCCCGCUGGAUUUUGAGGCCGAACGUGAGUACGCUCUGCGCAUCCGGGCGCAGGACGCCGGCCGGCCCCCGCUGUCCAACAACACGGGCCUGGCCAGCAUCCAGGUGGUGGACAUCAAUGACCACGCGCCUAUAUUUGUCAGCACGCCCUUCCAGGUGUCCGUCUUGGAAAACGCGCCCCUGGGCCACUCGGUCAUCCACAUCCAGGCGGUGGACGCAGACCACGGGGAGAACGCCAGGCUGGAGUACGCGCUGACCGGGGUGGUCCCCGACACGCCCUUCGUCAUCAACAGCGCGACCGGCUGGGUCUCUGUGAGCGGCCCCCUGGACCGCGAGUCUGUGGAGCAUUACUUCUUCGGUGUGGAGGCCCGAGACCACGGCUCACCCCCUCUGUCCUCCUCAGCCAGCGUCACGGUGACUGUGCUGGACGUGAAUGACAACCGGCCCGAGUUCACCACCAAGGAGUACCACCUGCGGCUGAAUGAGGAUGCCGCCGUGGGCACCAGUGUGGUCAGCGUGACCGCUGUGGACCGGGAUGCCAACAGCGCCAUCAGCUACCAGAUCACAGGCGGCAACACCCGCAACCGAUUUGCCAUCAGCACCCAGGGCGGGGCCGGGCUGGUGACGCUGGCCCUGCCCCUGGACUACAAGCAGGAGCGCUACUUCAAGCUGGUGCUCACCGCCUCUGACCGGGCCCUGCAUGACCACUGCUACGUGCACGUCAACAUCACCGACGCUAACACCCACCGGCCCGUCUUCCAGAGCGCCCACUACUCCGUGAGCGUGAACGAGGACCGGCCCGUGGGCAGCACCGUGGCGGUCAUCAGCGCCUCGGACGACGAUGUGGGUGAGAACGCGCGCAUCACCUACCUGCUGGAGGACCACCUGCCCCAGUUCCGCAUCGACGCCGACUCGGGGGCCAUCACGCUGCAGGCCCCGCUGGACUAUGAGGACCAGGUGACCUACACGCUGGCCAUCACCGCGCGAGACAACGGCAUCCCACAGAAGGCGGACACCACCUACGUGGAGGUGAUGGUCAAUGACGUGAACGAUAACGCCCCCCAGUUUGUGGCCCCCCACUACACGGGGCUGGUCUCGGAGGACGCCCCGCCUUUCACCAGCGUCCUGCAGAUCUCAGCCACUGACCGGGACGCUCAUGCCAACGGCCGGGUCCAGUACACUUUCCAGAACGGGGAAGACGGGGAUGGGGACUUUACCAUCGAGCCCACCUCGGGCAUCGUCCGCUCGGUGAGGCGGCUGGACCGGGAGGCCAGGCCAGUGUACGAGCUGACGGCCUACGCUGUGGACCGAGGUGUGCCUCCGCUUCGGACUCCGGUCAGCAUCCAGGUGACCGUGCAGGACGUGAACGACAACGCCCCCGUCUUCCCCGCCGAGGAGUUCGAGGUCCGGGUGAAGGAGAACAGCAUUGUGGGUUCGGUGGUGGCCCAGAUCACGGCGGCGGACCCCGACGAGGGCCCCAAUGCGCACAUCAUGUACCAGAUCGUGGAGGGGAACAUCCCCGAGCUGUUCCAGAUGGACAUCUUCUCCGGAGAGCUGACGGCGCUCAUCGACCUGGACUACGAGGCUCGCCAGGAGUAUGUGAUCGUGGUGCAGGCCACGUCCGCCCCGCUGGUCAGCCGAGCCACCGUGCACGUCCGCCUCGUCGACCAGAACGACAACAGCCCUGUGCUCAACAACUUCCAGAUCCUCUUCAACAACUACGUGUCCAACCGCUCGGACACCUUCCCCUCCGGCGUCAUCGGGCGCAUCCCAGCGUACGACCCCGACGUCUCCGACCACCUCUUCUACUCCUUUGAGCGCGGCAAUGAGCUGCAGCUGCUGGUGGUCAACCAGACCAGCGGGGAGCUCCGGCUCAGCCGCAAGCUGGACAACAACCGCCCGCUGGUGGCCUCCAUGUUGGUGACCGUCACAGACGGGCUGCACAGCGUGACGGCGCAGUGCGUGCUGCGCGUGGCCAUCAUCACGGAGGAGCUGCUGGCCAACAGCCUGACCGUGCGCCUCGAGAACAUGUGGCAGGAGCGCUUCCUGUCCCCGCUGCUGGGCCACUUCCUGGAAGGCGUGGCCGCGGUGCUCGCCACGCCCGCCGAGGACGUCUUCAUCUUCAACAUCCAGAACGACACGGACGUGGGGGGCGCCGUGCUCAACGUGAGCUUCUCGGCGCUGGCGCCGCGCGGGACGGGGGCGGGCGCCGCGGGGCCCUGGUUCAGCUCCGAGGAGCUGCAGGAGCAGCUGUACGUGCGCCGCGCGGCGCUCGCCGCCCGCUCGCUGCUCGACGUGCUGCCCUUCGACGACAACGUGUGCCUGCGCGAGCCCUGCGAGAACUACAUGAAGUGCGUGUCGGUGCUGCGCUUCGACUCGUCCGCGCCCUUCCUGGCCUCGGCCUCCACGCUCUUCCGCCCCAUCCAGCCCAUCGCCGGCCUGCGCUGCCGCUGCCCGCUCGGCUUCACCGGAGACUUCUGCGAGACCGAGCUCGACCUCUGCUACUCCAACCCCUGCCGCAACGGCGGCGCCUGCGCGCGGCGGGAGGGCGGCUACACGUGCGUCUGCCGCCCGCGCUUUCACGGGUGAGACUGCGAGCUGGAUACGGAGGCCGGACGCUGCGUGCCCGGCGUCUGCCGCAACGGGGGCACCUGCGCGGACGGGCCCUACGGCGGGUUCCGCUGCCAGUGCCCGGCGGGCGGCGCCUUCGAGGGCCCGCGCUGCGAGGUGUCGGCUCGCUCCUUCCCGCCCAGUUCGUUUGUCAUGUUCCGGGGCCUGCGGCAGCGCUUCCACCUCACGCUGUCCCUCUCGUUUGCGACAGUGCAGCCCAGCGGGCUGCUCUUCUACAACGGGCGUCUGAACGAGAAGCACGACUUCCUGGCCUUGGAGAUCGUGGCUGGGCAAGUGCGGCUCACCUACUCCACAGGUGAGUCCAGCACGGUGGUCAGCCCCACAGUCCCAGGGGGCCUGAGUGACGGGCAGUGGCACACGGUGCACCUGAGAUACUACAACAAGCCCCGGACAGAUGCCCUGGGGGCUGCUCAGGGCCCCUCCAAGGACAAGGUGGCCGUGCUGAGCGUGGAUGACUGUGACGUGGCCGUGGCUCUGCAGUUUGGAGCUGAGAUUGGAAACUACUCGUGCGCGGCUGCCGGCACGCAAACCAGCUCCAAGAAGUCCCUGGACCUGACAGGCCCUCUGCUCCUGGGGGGUGUCCCCAACCUCCCCGAGAACUUCCCCGUGUCCCACAAGGACUUCGUCGGCUGCAUGCGGGACCUGCGCAUUGAUGGCCGCCAAGUGGACAUGGCGGCCUUCGUGGCGAACAACGGCACCGUGGCAGGCUGCCAGGCCAAGCUCCACUUCUGCGACUCGAACCCGUGCCAGAACCACGGCCGCUGCGCAGAGCGCUGGGGGGGCUUCAGCUGCGACUGUCCCGUGGGCUUCGGCGGCCGAGACUGUCGGCUCAGUGAGUGGGCGGCUGGGCCGGGGGGCCUGCAGGGCCGNNNCACCCUGAGAUGGGACUUCGGGAAUGACGUGGUCGUGUCUGUGCCGUGGUACCUGGGGCUGGCCUUCCGGACACGGGCGGCGCAGGGGGUCCUGAUGCAAGUGCAGGCCGGGCCGCACAGCACGCUCCUCUGCCAGUUGGAUCGGGGGUUGCUGUCCCUGACGGUGACCCGGGGCUCGGGCCGUGCUGCCCGCCUCCUCCUGGACCAGGUCACUGUCAGUGACGGCAGGUGGCACGACCUCCGGCUGGAGCUGCAGGAGGAGCCAGGUGGUCGGCGGGGCCACCAUGUCCUCAUGGUCUCGCUGGACUUCAGCCUCUUCCAGGACACCAUGGCGGUGGGGAGUGAGCUGCAGGGCCUGAAAGUGAAGCGACUGCAUGUGGGAGGCCUGCCUGCCAGCAGCGAAGAGGAGGCUCCUCCGGGGCUGGUCGGCUGUGUCCAGGGGGUGUGGCUCGGCUCCACGCCUUUGGGGUCCCCAGCCCUGCACCCCCCCGCGCAGCGAGUGAACGUGGAACCUGGCUGUGUUGUGGACAGCGCCUGUGCGUCUGGGCCGUGCCCGCCCCACGCGGACUGCCACGACCUCUGGCAGACCUUUUCCUGCACGUGCUGGCCAGGUUACUAUGGCCCGGGCUGCGUGGACGCCUGCUUCCUGAACCCCUGUCAGAACCAGGGGUCCUGCCGGCAUCUCCCAGGGGCCCCCCACGGCUACACCUGUGACUGUGUGGAUGGCUAUUUCGGGCAGCACUGUGAGCACAGGAUGGACCAGCAAUGCCCACGAGGCUGGUGGGGGAGCCCGACCUGCGGGCCCUGCAACUGUGACGUUCACAAGGGCUUCGACCCCGACUGCAACAAGACUGACGGGCGGUGCCACUGCAAGGAGUUCCACUACCGCCCCCGGGGCAGUGACGCCUGCCUGCCGUGCGACUGCUACCCUGUGGGCUCCACCUCGCGCUCCUGUGCCCCCCACAGCGGGCAGUGCCCCUGCCGCCCGGGCGCCCUCGGCCGCCAGUGCAACGGCUGUGACAGCCCUUUCGCCGAGGUGACGGCCAGCGGCUGCCGAGUGCUGUACGAUGCCUGCCCCAAGUCGCUGCGAUCUGGUGUGUGGUGGCCCCAGACCAAGUUCGGCAUUCUGGCCUCAGUGCCCUGUCCCCGGGGGGCCCUGGGUGCUGCCGUGCGGCUCUGUGACGAGGACCGAGGCUGGCUGGAGCCCGACCUCUUCAACUGCACCUCCCCUGCCUUUCGCGAGCUCACGCUGCUGUUGGAUGGCCUGGAGCUGAACAGGACAGCACUGGACACUGUGGAGGCCAAGAAGCUGGCUCAGAGGCUGCGAAAAGUGACCGGCCACACUGACCACUACUUUAGCCAAGAUGUCCGCGUCGCUGCCCGCCUGCUGGCCCACCUGCUGGCCUCUGAGAGCCAACAGCAGGGCUUUGGGCUGACGGCCACUCAGGACGCCCGCUUCAACGAGAAUCUGCUGUGGGCAGGCUCGGCGCUGCUCGCCCCGGAGACUGGGGACCUGUGGGCGGCGCUGGGGCGGCGGGCGCCUGGGGGGUCCCCCGGCAGCGCGGGGCUGGUGCGGCACCUGGAGGAGUACGCGGCCACGCUCGCCAGGAACAUGGAGCUCACGUACCUGAAUCCCGUGGGGCUGGUGACGCCCAACAUCAUGCUCAGCAUCGACCGCAUGGAGCACCCCAGUCCGUCCCGGGGCACCCGUCGCUACCCUCGUUACCAUAGCAACCUGUUCCGUGGUCAGGAUGCCUGGGACCCUCACACCCAUGUGCUGCUGCCUUCCCAGUCCCCGCGGCUGUCCCCACAUGACGUUCUGCCCACAGGCGGCAGCGUGGAAAACUCUAGCUCUGCGCGCGCGGCCCCCCCGCCACCUGCGCUGGAGCCCGAGCCCGAGCCGGGGACCUCCAUCGUUACCCUCCUGGUCUACCGCACGCUGGGGGGGCUGCUCCCCGCCCAGUUCCAGGCCGAGCGCCGGGGCGCCAGGCUCCCCCAGCACCCCGUCAUGAACUCCCCGGUGGUCAGCGUGGCCGUCAUUCCACGG